AUGCUUGAGAGCAGCUCUCUAGAACUUAUUCACACCGAUGCGGAUUCUGCUACAUAUCUGCAAUACCAUGGAAUCAGGACAACUCCUGACUUGCUCGUGACAUCAAGCGAAAUCAGCGAGCAUACACGCCUCAAAAUAAUUGACGAUGAUGGUUCUGGUCACAAAUCAGUCAUUAUUACAAAAGCACGACAAGAAAAGUGCCAACUAAGCUAUCAUGGAACUUCAAGAAUAAUUUCACACAUGUCCCCUCAACUUCAGCCAACAUUCUGACUAACACUAUCGAAAGUUUGGGUCGCCAUUUGCAACACUUCUGAUCAGGCUGGAAGAAUGGAAGACGUACAAGCCUGGAGACGGCAGUCAUCUGUCUCAAGGAGUACAAGCCUGGAGACGACAAUCAGCUGUCCUAAGGCAAACACUAAACGGAUGGCUUUCGACAAGUUCAUCUCAAAUAUCACCUAUCAAAGUGAUGCUGUUCUAAGACAAGCCAUCUUACAAGCUAAACGGACUUCCACUAUGGCAAGCCAUCUUGCAAGCUAA